AGUGGGCGGGGCAGAGGGAGGGGCCGAGAAGACAGGCAGAAAUUCGAGUGAGGCUUCGGGGACCAGCCGAAUCGACGUGGGCCCUGCACCUGCGAGCCGGUCGCCAUAGCAACCCUCGCUGCCGGAAGAACUCCUCAGCGCGCGCGUGCCCGCACGCCCAACGCCCAACCGCCCUCCCGCGUGCCCAUCUCUCUGGAUUUGGCAGUUAGCGCCCAGCUCGAAGAUGGCGGACGACGGGACACUCGCGGAGCAGCCUCAGGAAGAGGAGGAGGAGGAGGAGAAGGAAGAAAAGAGGGAACCGGAGGCGGCAGCAACGGGUACCAGCGGAGGGCGGCGGGAGAAAGGGCCCCGAGGAAGCGGCCGCCCGCCCACCGUCCGAGAUCUGCAGCUGGCAUUGGCUGGACUGUAUGAAGAUGAAAUGAAAAGACAACCACUUCAUUCUGAAAAAUCAACAACUAGAGUAGCCAGUCAUCCAAGAUUACCCGUGCAGAGAAGUUUGAAAAAACCUGAAAGAAGUAUGAGCGAUGACAAAAACAAUCAAAGAUUUUACUUAGGCGAUUCAGAUUGCAGAACUGCUGGACCAUCUAGUAAUAUAACUUCAAGUAAAAUUGUUGAUGAACUGUUCAAAGAAGCAAGAGAACAUGGGGCAGUCCCUUUAAAUGAAGUAUCAAGAGCCUCAGGAGAUUGUUAUAAAGCUAAAUCAUUUUCUGGUGGUGGAUACAGAUUGGGGGACUCUACAUGGAAGCGCUCUGAAUAUAUUUAUGGAGAAAACCAGUUUGGGCAAGAUGUUCAAAUCUUGCUCAAACUGUGGAGGAAUGGUUUCAGCUUAGAUGAUGGAGAGCUGAGAUCUUACACAGAUCCAGUGAAUGCUGACUUUCUCGAGUCUGUUAAAAGAGGAGAGAUUCCUGCAGAACUCCAAAGAUUGGUGCAUGGAGGGCAAAUUAAUUUGGAUAUGGAAGACCACCAAGAGCAAGAAUACGUAAGGCCUAGGCUGAGAUUCAAAGCUUUCAGUGGAGAAGGACAAAAACUUGGAAGCCUUACUCCUGAGAUUGUCAGUACACCUUCCUCUCCAGAAGAAGAGGAGAAAUCCUUUGCUGAUGGUGCUGUUUUGGUAGAUGACUCUGUGCCAACGACUAAAAUUCAAAUAAGGCUAGCAGAUGGAAGUCGUUUAAUACAAAGGUUUAAUCGAACACACAGAGAAUCAGUUGUGUGGGAGUUUAUCUGUCAAAAAUCAGAGGAAUAAACAAUGAAUAAACAAGUUGAGCCACAGAAAGAUUACGAUGAAAUUUUAUUCAGAGGUAAGUACUAUUGCUUUAAUUGGGUUUACGUUCAAAUAUGUAGUAUAGGACUGAACCUUAAAGGAUUUUUAGCCGACUAUGAAGAUACUGGUGCUUGAAACAAUGCAAAAACAAAGUCUUUCUAUUCCAUUCAGUUGGUUGCAAAGAUGAUGCAGGUUAAAAGUUCCUUUUUUCCACAUCAUUUAUCUUCAUUGAGAGGUUGCCAAGAGAAUUCCAAAAACAGCAGUCUGCUGCAUCCACAGACAUGGGCAGCUCAAGUGGCACCUACUAAGUCAUAGUCCCUUCAGGUAACUGAGGAAGAAGCAACCAUUUUAGCAGACGUUGCUUACUUUCCUGAUUAAAUCUUCACAAUACCUGCUUUGAACUGGGUUAUCUGAAUCCACACUGCCAUAUAUCCCAGUUCAAAGCAGCUAAUGUGGGAUUUUAUUCAGCUGUGUGGAAGGCCCACCCCCUGGAGUGUCUUCCUUAUCUGAUGAUGAAGAAGGGAUUUGGAUUCAGGAUACAAUUUCAAGGAAAUUGCCACAACUUUAUGCCUAGGAACCUGAAGUUAGCAAUUGGUCUAGAGCAAGCAUGGGCAAACUUCGGCCCUCCAAGUGUUUUGGACUUUGACUCCUAGAAAUCCCAGCCAUCUUACUGGUUGUUAGGAAUUUAUUUAUUUAUUUAUAUCCUGCUUUAUCUCUCCAUAUGGAGACUCAAAGCGGCUCACUAUCGAAAGCAUUACAACUUAAAAUAUACAAUAAUAAAACAGUAUAGCAUUAUAUAUUAUAUAUUAUCAGUAGUAUUAUAAUUAAUAUAAUAUAUUACAUUACAAUAUUAUGUAUUAUUAGUAAUAUUACAUGUAACAUUUAUACAAUUAUUAUUAUAUAUUAUUAUAUUGUACUAUAUUAAUUGUGGGAUUUGAAGUCCAAAACACCUGGCGGCCAAAGUUUGCCUGUGCCUGGUCUAGAGCAUGUAAUAAGUAGGGAAAAUAGGAAGGAGAUUGCUGAGGAAAGAAUGGGCGGACCUUACCCCACUCAGCCUAUUCCCAGUUUGAGAGUACUCUUUGCAUUUCAUCCUUAUGAAGACAUCUGGUAAGACACCACUUGUUUUACUCCAGUGGAGAGUCCCACCACACAACGUUAUGUAGCAGGAAACAUACUUGAACUGAUUAACAUGCCUAGAUCUGAUUUUUUGACAAUUGCUAUAUUAGUCCCUCUCUGUCACAACCUACCUCACAACCUUUCAAUGAGACCUUGUUUCCCAGGGAUCAGCAUUCCCUUAAUUUUAGUGGGGCUGCUGCAGAAUAGCCACUGAAUAUUUUCUAGAUCAAACGCACAGUGUGUUAUUUAAUUACAAUGACUGUUCUCUUCUUGAUUUACCUGGCAUAUAACAUUUAAAUACCUUCUUGUCUUGAUGUAACCUUUUGGGGUCGAUCACUCCCGUCAUGUGUUUCUGCCGCUAAGUGAAAGAGUUUUACAUCAUAUUUCCUGAAGGAAACACGUUAAAGAUGAUCUCACCUCUUAUGUUUUUCCAGUUUUGUGUGGUGAAUUUUGCUUUCUCUUUAUUCAAACAGCAGACACAGCAGAAUUAGUAUGAAAAGUAUUAAAUGCUAUCUAAAGUCACACAAUAUGUGACUCAUGAUUCCACGAUUGUUAACUAAUGGGGUUUUUAAUCUAAAAUUGAUGGCUCAAUUUAUCAGAUAAUCCAAGAUCUAGAUUUUAAAUAGAACUAGUUCCAUUAACAGUAAUGACGAAUAGAUUGACUUAAAUUCAUGUAAUCUACUUUAUCUGAUUUGCUGAUUAUGGAUAAUAGGCUUGAGCAAAUUUUUCGUUAGUUCGUUAAAUUUGUUUAAAAUUCGUUUCGUAAUUACUUUUGAAUUAAUAUUUGAACCAUCUGCUCACUGCCUUACAAAUAUUACGAAUUUGAAUAAUAAAAGUACCUUUUUUCGUUUGUUUCUGAUGUCUUCGGAUGUAGCUGUAGCCCCUCUGAGAGGAGAAGCCAUGUUGGCAUGCCUCUCAGCCAAUCAGAGCGGAAGAGGGAGGGAGGGAGAGGCAUGGCCAUCGAUCUGCUAGCAUUUUAAAAAUGCCAUUGAGACGCCCCCCCCCCCCGGGACCACUGGCUCCCUUCCGCAUUGCUCUCUCUUCCCUUCUCUCUCUCCCCUCCCUGCUUCUCUCUCUCUCUCUCUCUGAGAGAGAGAGAGAGAGAGAGAGAGAGAGAGAGAGAGAGAGAGAGAGAGAGAGAGAGAAGCAGGGAGGGAGGGAAGAGAAGAGAGAAGAGACAUGCCUGCCUGCGCUUGGCCUUCUCCUCGCCCUGCCUUGGUUUGGUUUGGUUUUCCUUCUUUCCAGACUUUCCAGCCAGGCUUAAAGGGGAAUACCAGAGCCAGGCAAGCCUUCCUAAAUGGAAUCCUUAGAGCCAGAGGAUAUCCCUUUAACAGGAAAGGAAAGGAAUCUGGCACCAACUCACUUGCAACAGAUUCAGUGCCAUGUAAUCAUGUGAGUUGUAGUUUUACAAAGUCCCUACCUAGCCUUCCCUGCAGAAGAGAGCCAGUGCCAUGCCAAACUACAGCUCCCAGGUUUUUGUCAGAUUGUUUUGAAUUUCAACUCCCACAAUUCCUAACACCAGACAUGGGCAAAGUUUGCCCUUGCCUGGUAUAGAAGCAUUCUAUUCUUCUUCUCCAGUCAUGCCAACAGUAUUAAGUGAUAAAAUCUUGGGCAUUUUUUCGUUUAAUGCUAAAAGUUCAUAGGUUGUUCAGCAACAGCCUACUGGCUGGGUUGCUAUGAGUUUUCCGGGCUCUAUGGCCAUGUGCCAGAAGCAUUCUCUCCUGACGUUUCACCCACAUCUGUGGCAGACAUACUCAGAGGUUUUGACGUCUGUGCGAAGCUAGGCAAGUGGGGUUUAUAUAUCUGUGGAAGGUCCAGGGUGGGAGAAAGAACUCUUGUCUGUGGGAGGCAAGUAUGAAUGUUGCAAUUGGUCACCUUGAUUAGCAUUGAAUAGCCUUGCAGCUUCAAAGCCUGGCUGCUUCCUACCUGGGGGAAUCCUUUGUUGGGAGGUAUUAGCUGGCCCUGAUUGUUUCCUGUCUGGAAUUCCCAUUUUCUGGGUGUUGUUCUUUUACUGUCCUGAUUUUAGCUUUUCUGUUGAUAUUGUCCAUGUGCUUCUUGUGGAUUUCAGUGGCUUCUCUCUGUAGUCUGACACGGUGGCUUUUAGAGUGGUCCAGCAUUUCUGUGUUCUCAAAUACUGGCUGUUAGGAAUUGUGGGAGUUGAAGUCCAAAACAUCUGGAGGGCCAAAGUUUGCCCAUGCCUGAUUUAGAUCCAUCUCAAAAAAGGGUAUAUUUGCCAAGCCCUUUGAGUACGACCUUGGAAAUAUGGCUAUAGUGCAAAAUGUUCUCAAGUGUUGGGUUUUGGAAGCUGCACAAGAUGGCUUUAAGGCAAUUUCUGACCCUCAGACAAAACAUAUGCAGCCAACUUCAGUAAGCUGGAAAUAAUGUCUUGAUCAUGUAUCCAGCUCAAAAGCAGAUUGUGAUGGGAAAGUUCUGGAAAGUGCAGUAUAGAGCAGGCAUGGGCAAACUUUAGUCCUCCAGAUAUUUAAUAAUAAUAAUAAUAAUAAUUGUUAUUAAUCUAUUUCUAACCUGCCCUCUCUCCACAAAAGGACUCAGGGCAGCUUCCAAAUGCAAAGGCAAAUAUUCAAUGCCUUAUACAAUAAUAAAAACACAACACAAUAAAAUAGCAAAUAAAUCAUAGCUAAAAAUGCAUAUAAAAUUGAUUCUAUAGGGAGGAUAAAUGAUUGGAUUUCAACUCCUACAGCUUAGCUUUCUCUGCCAAUAAUGGUACCAUACCAAACUAAAGCUCCCAAGAUUCUGUAGCAGUGAGCCAUCUUAGAUAUUGUAAGGGAUUUAUUAUUAUUAUUAUUAUUGACACAACGACGUUGUAUGACACAGCAAACAAGAUAGAUAUGCUGGAUUUCGUUUCACAAAAUCACAAGUCGAACACUUCCCAAGUGUCUAGGACUGUGUGAUGUAUUUUCGGAUGAUGCGUGCAGAUCCCAGCAGGGUGGCCUUUUGCAGUUGGCAGAUCGUAAUUUUGUCAAUGUCUAUUGUUUCCAAAUGCCGGCUGAGAUCUUUUGGCACGGCACCCAGUUAUUAUUAUUAUUAUUAUUAUUAUUAGACCUUGCUCCCAGGAAGGUGCCUUCGCUGUGGCUCCCAACUUAUCUAUCUACCUUUCCACAUAUUCUCCACAUUGUGUGCAUGUAUAUUAUAUAUACAUGAGCCCCGAUAGCGAAGUGUGUUAAAGCACUGAGCUGCUGAACUUGCAGACCGAAAGGUCCCAGGUUCAAAUCCCGGGAGCAGAGUGAGUGCCCGCUGUUAGCUCCAGCUUCUGCCAACCUAGCAGCUUGAAAACAUGCCAGUGUGAGUAGAUCAAUAGGUACCGCUCUGGCGGGAAGGUAAUGGCACUCCAUGUAGUCAUGCCGGCCACAUGACCUUGGAGGUGUCUAUGGACAACACUGGCUCUUGGGCUUAGAAAUGGAGAUGAGCACCAACCCCCAGAGUCAGACAUGACUGAACUUAACGUCAAGGGAUACCUUUACCUUUACCUAUACACACACACACACACACACACACACACACAUAUCCAGGGACUAUAUAUAUAUACAGUAUAUAUCACACACACACCAAUUUAACAAAGUUUCAGCCACAAAAACAAAGUUUCUGAAGUAGAACAAUGACUUUCACAGUAAAGACAACCCAAUGAAACAGGAAAUAAGACUUUCAAACCAGGAACAGAUUUCUGCAAUUAUUAAAAAAUGGUUUAUUAUAAAAGCUAUGAAAAUUCGCCAAAAAUCAGAGGAUAAGGGAAACGUUCCAAAUUUUGGUGAGCUAUCAGUGUUAAAUGUGUUCUACCACUGUACCAAGUUUGAAGAAGAUCACUCAAAAAAUGAGGGUGGGAGAGUCCUGUAAAAUCUCCCCUCGUGCUGUUUUUUUUUGCCACUGCGCAUGCGCGUCCGCCAUUAACGAAUUACUUUUGAAACUAACGAAUUUUCGUUAAAUUCGAAAAAUUUUGAGGGCAAAAUUCGGAAAUGACAUCAGAAACGAAACGCUAGCGCCCCUUACUUUUGAAACGAGUUUAGAAUCAAUUUUUUCAUGGAUCGCUCAAGCCUAAUGGAUAAAAUACAUUUUAAAAGGUGACAUCCGACAUGGAAUCUGAUUCAAUCUUUGGUCCAAGGAAAUUCAGAGACACAUCAUACAAUUGUGGAAUAAUUAAAGUAGGCUACUACAACAUAUGAACAAUGCUGGAUCACACUGAGAACAUCUUUCUAAGGCAAUAUUCUAUUCCUACGAGAAGGCCUAGGUUAGAGAAUUGCAGAGUGAAAGAAAGAAAGUGCAGUCUCUUAAAAAGCAUGUAUUCUGAUUGUUUCAUUGUUUUAUGAGCAAAGCCUUCAGACUUUAUAAUCCUACAAAAAUAUAAUCUUUGUAUACAUUUGAAAAGCGUGUACAUAGACCUUAUGUUGAUUAUUCUUAAUCAUUUACUUUUUGUAAGAAAUGAAACUACUGUAACUAUUAAGUAUUAAAGGAUUUUUGAAUCAGA